AUGGAUUCCGAUCAUUAUGCCGUUUUAGGCUUACCCUCCGGCGAAGAAGGAGCCAGGCUUUCUGAUAAAGAGAUAGCUAAAGCCUACCGUGUAAAAGCUCUGGAGUUACAUCCCGAUAAAAGACCUAAUGAUCCAAAUGCAAACAUUUUCUUUCAAAAAUUGAAGGCUUCAUAUGAGAUUCUCAGGGAUAGGAAGGCUAGGAAAGAGUAUGACGAUCGUCUCAGGGCUAAAAGACGUGCCGCUGCUGCUACUCCGCCGCCUAUAACCCGGGUACAUGGGCCGUGGAAAAAGAGUCUUGAAAGGUUUCAGACGUACAAAGAUUUAGAAAGCCAAAAGAUGACACAAAGUUCUUCGUUUCGUAUUAUUUAUCGUGUUCAUGCCUUCUCUCUGCUUUGUGUGCUCCUGCUCCUUAUUUUGCUCUGUCAGCUAUACUUUCAAUCAGCUGUGUUAGUGACUGUGUCCAUAUACUAA